AUGACCUGGCGACGAUUUCAAACAACAGCAAGUCUUGCUCUUCUUCGUACAUUAUUGUUCUUCGUCAAUCUGAUUUUUAUACUCAGCGGUGGAAUUCUACUUUUACUUGGCAUUGCAUUGCGAAGUCAUUUUAAAGAGUUUUUAGAAAUCACACCCGAAAUGAAAUCCUCAUCACCUUACGUUGUGAUGGGCCUUGGAAUUGUUAUUCUUCUCAUUGGUUUCUCAGCACUUUGGUGCACAAUUAAAGGUCGUAUUACUCUAUUAUAUGUGUAUUCCAUUCUUAUUCUACUUGUCCUAAUUGCGGAAGUUGUUCUGGCUGUUGCUGUUAUAAUGAGAAAACAAACGUAUGAAACUGCGUUUAAGACCAAUGUGAGAAAUAUUAUGCAUCAGUAUCCACAGAAACCCAUGAAUUUACACGUUGAUCAUCUCCAACGCGCGCUAUCAUGCUGUGGUAUUGAUUCGUAUACAGAUUGGUUUGAAACGCCGUACGGCAGUUUACAAAGUCAAGUACCAUCAUCAUGCUGUAAAAUAUCGUUGAAUCAUACGUGUACCUCAGUACAUCUUAAAACAGUUAAUCUUCCAACGGAUCUUAAUACAAAUGGCUGUUAUUCAACAGUUAUUUCAACAAUCAAAAGUAACUAUCCGAUCUUUGGUGGCAUUAUUUUAACUAUUGCAUUGUUUCCACUCGUGGCUGUUAUUCUUUCUUGUUGUUUGGCUCAUCAACUUGGCAAGCAUCGGUACGAGCGAGUCGACUAA